AUGCGGAUACGUUUUCCAGAGUCAAAGACAAGGGUACAUCCAAAGGAUAUGGCUUCGAACAGCUUAUCGAGUGUGGACUUAAUUAUGACACAAUAUAUAACGAACAAAAAUGGAAUAACAACGGCACACUUAGUGGAAAACUCAAUAGGGUUGCUUACAGGCGACGAAGAAUGCGAUGAUCUCUUUAGUGACCUUAUCGAUCCUGUUAUCUGUGAGGUUCUUAAUAUUGACCAGAUAAAUAGUUUAAGAUUAGAAAUAAACUUGAACUGGAAGGAAAUUCAAGGUGGAAAGUUUUACGGCGAUAAGGUGCUCUCCUGUGGCCAUGGACUGAGCACUAGUCGAAAUAUAAAAGGAUUCAGUAUGAUUCCCGGACGUUCAACAGCAGAGUUAUUUGAUGCUAGUCACUUAAUAGUGGAAAGUUUAACUUCUGUUAAUAGUAAGAAUUUAAUUCUAUGUUACAUUGAGCUACAGAAUGGCUCCAUCAUCUCCCUCCCCGUACAACCGAGGCAUUUAAGUCGGGUAUUUCUAGGAUCUGAGUACCUAGGGUGGGGUACGUAAUUGUCACCAAAGGUCUGCCCGAAGCUGAAGUUUUUGUCCUAACGUAGGAAUUUCACAUUUUCUUCUUUUUUCAGAAAAGCAUCAUAUACAGUAAAAACUCGCGUGUAAGAACUUAUAUAUCUUAAGUGCUUGAAUUUCCAACAUCCCUUGGAGUCGCAUACUCCCCAAAAGAAGUGUCUGAAAAACUUAACUAUCUAAAUCUAGUGUAAGUUCUUUGACAGACAAGUUUUAACGCUGCUACCUCUCGUCAUCACAGCAAUACAGCAAGCUUACCUUGGAUGCCUUUGCCGGCUUCAACCCAAGGCUCCUUACAACCACAACUAUCACGUGACUAGCCUAGAGGGCGCUUUAUUUGGAUCACUUCAGACCAACAGUGCCGCAUUUUUGUAAAUUACUUUGAUCAUUUGAAACUUAAUGUUACGCAACCAGGAGGCAACAUCAUUAAAGCAUUUAGAAGAUACAGCGAGUUGUUGCCGGGAGAGCGUGCAUGGAAGAAAGUUUGAAACAGACAGGACAAAGGUUUGCGUGGACUUCAAAAUACGGAUUUUUGUCGUGUUCACCGGAAAAUAUUGGCACGGGUCUUGAAGUACAGGUGAAGGUUCGAUUACCAAAGCUGAUCAAGGUACAAAAUGCUGGGUGAUGAUACAAGUGUGAUUUCUCCUUACUGAAAAAAACCUUAAUUUUUGUCAAUUUUCCGUCUGGUAGCCUGCGUAGCUAACUAGCAGUAUUUUUUAUGUGUUCUUCUGUCGUGUUUCAUGAAGUGAGGUUUGGCGGUAAAAAUGAUGAGCUGCACCCCUUCCCCAGCCCCUUCUCUGGAUCCGCUACUGUAACUAUAGUAGCGUUAAGCUGAGCGCGAGGUUAGCUGGUAGCCUUUCUUUGGCGGCCAUCUUUUACACGCUUUUUUAAUAUCUUUAUAAUUAUUCCCCCUCCCAGUCUAACAUUUGAAAACGCCAACAGUUCUGUGUUCUUUCUUGCCAUGUCCAGGAUCCUAGAUUUAAACGCAUUAUACAUGUCCUGCCAGUGAAAAGUGAACAUGGAGGUAAGAGAUUUGAAUAG